AUAGUACGUGAUGAUGUCAUCCGAUAUUACAUCAAAACAAACUGAUCUGCAGGUACACCCUCCACGCGACGAACGCUUUACCUCAACCUUCGAACUCCGGCCAAUUUUCCAGACCCACCUUCGUCGCGUGCGCAUUAAGACCGCAACGAUGCCUUCAUCCAAGGGAAAGCCAACAGACCCCAAGCUUCGUGAGAAGGUCAAGGAGGACGUGAAGGCGAAGCCCAACAAGGACGGCAGCGGCAAGGGCCAAAUGGCGGCAUGGAAGGCUGCCGAAAUCUCGAAGGAGUAUGAGAAGCAAGGUGGUGGUUACGAGAACGAGGCUGGCAGCAAGAAUGAGCCCAAGAAGGGUGAACCAGAGGCGAAGUCCGACAGCAAGAAAAAGGCCGAGGAAAAGAAAGCAGACGCGAAGAAAGACAGUGAAGAGGAGCAAGAGGCUCCCGCAAGCGCACAGAAGCCGAAAGCCAAUGUAGGAAAGAAGGCUGAUAAGAAGGCCGACGAGAAGGCGAGCGAUGAGAAGGAGAGCGAUGGGAAAGCCGAAUCCAAGAAAAAGGCAGCACCGAAGAAGGCAGCGGCGCCCAAGAAGGAGAAGAAAGUACCUCAGGAGGGCACCAGGCGGAGCACUCGAACAGCGGCUAAGAGGAACUCCCCAAUCAAGGAGGUCGACACUGACGCCGAUGAUGACGAGGAUGAGGCACCGAAGAAGAAGAAGUCCAAGAAGUCCAAAUCCUAGUGUAUCUCAACGACGGCUGCUUCAUUGGUUUAUUGGUGGUUGGUUAGCCAGAGGCUGGGUCUCAAACGCAACCGAGCUCCUACGUUCGCGCGGCGCGGUGCCAGCGCCACAGGUCCUAGUGCGGAGAGCGGGUCGGUUUUUGAUAGUGAUUUAGCUGAGUCGUAAUGAUAUUCUUAUACUACA